AUGGAUCCGAUUUCUCCCCCCUUCCUUCGUUUUUCCGAUCUAUUACGAAAAUCUCAUAUACAAACCAAUUCAAGUGGGAAGAAAGGGAAAGGGAAAGUUGUAGCAGUUGACUUUGCUGCCAAUUUGUUAGAAAAUGUCAACAGGGCGCAGGAGGACUUCCAGUACAACCUGAUACGGUUUCAAAAUCUUCUUCAAGAAGCACAAAAUAUCAGUAACCAACCACUAGCGAGGGAGGACUUGAAAGAUGAAGAAUAUGGAUCCGAUCUUUCUUAUAAUGAUCUUCCAACCUCUUACUAUUAUGAAGACCUUCCUGAUAGUAAUUCGGACAUUCUUGAGGAAUUCCAAGAUGUCAAUGUGGAUUCCUUUGAUAAGAUCUGGUUGUUAAGACGAUGUGAACUACACAUUUCAAAGUUUGGAGAUGCCGACGGAGCUAUUACACCUACCAACUUGUGCACCAGAAUCUUUACUAUUUUGAGAUUAGAAAUGGAUGAUGAUGAAAUUCAGGCAAAACUCGUUGAUCUUCUCGGGUUUGAAAACUUUGAAUUUGUCACGAUGCUUAUAACUAAACGAUCGGAAAUUGGUAUCUCAGAAGAUUCGGUUCCUCAUCAUCGUCCGACUCUACUUGAACCGAUACGUCCUUCAUAUGGUUCUCAGGUGACCAUUCAAUUCGAGAGUGAUGCAAAACAACAGAAGCGAAUAAGAAAGGAGCAUAAGAAAAAUAUGAAAAAACGAAAUGCAGAGGAUGAAGAAACACUUUCGGCAAAUAUCUUGGGUUUCAGCGAUGAGUCACGUUUAGCACGAGAGAACCAGUUACGAACUGCAAGAAAUUCACCACUACCUCCGCAGUUUUCUGCUCCGACAGAAAAUUUCAAGCAUGUUUACGGCAAAUCACAGUCCGGUAGCGUUCUAACUGUAUUUGGAAACAGAUUUUCUUUACCAGUUGGUACUGAACGAAAAGAUUACAAUGAUUAUGAGGAAAUAACCGUUCCCAUGACAAAUCGAGCUCCUCCUUUACAGAAUGAAAAGCUUGUUUAUCUGAGCGAGAUGGAUAACCUUUGCAAAGGUACUUUCAAGAACUACAAAUCCCUCAAUCGAGUGCAGUCAAUUGUUUAUCCUGUUGCUUAUCAAAAAGACGAAAACAUGUUGAUCUGUGCACCUACGGGAGCGGGAAAGACUGAAAUCGCAACGCUCGCAAUUCUUCGUACGCUGCGACGGCAUUGUAAUUCCAUUCUAGACUCACAGAAAUUUGAAAUUAGAAAACACGAAUUUAAAAUUGUAUACAUCGCGCCUAUGAAAGCUCUCGCGGCAGAAAUCGUUAGGAAAUUCGAAGAAAGAUUAAAAUGGUUAGGAAUUCAAGUCAAAGAAUUAACAGGUGAUAUGCAGUUGACAAAAGCAGAAAUUUCUAAUACACAAAUUCUUGUGACCACACCCGAAAAAUGGGAUGUGGUGACCAGAAAAAGCACGGGAGAUGUCGAGUUAACGCAGAAAGUCAAAUUGCUGAUUAUUGACGAAGUCCACUUACUGCAUGAUGAUCGAGGAGCAGUACUUGAAAGUUUGGUUGCCCGGACGCGUCGCCAAGUCGAAACUAAUCAAUCAACGAUCCGCAUAGUGGGGCUUUCUGCUACACUACCAAAUUAUGUUGAUGUGGCUCGAUUUCUGGGUGUGGAUCUUAGUAACGGUGCAGAAGGAUUAUUUUAUUUUGACGGAGGUUUUAGACCGGUACCGUUGGAGCAACACUAUAUUGGUGUUAAGGGAAAACCUGGAACUUUGACCUCUAACAGUAGAAUGAAUCGUACGUGUUGGGAAAAAGUUUUGGAACUUGUGAAGGAUGGACACCAAGUGAUGGUAUUUGUUCAUGCUCGUAAAGAGACUGUCAGAACGGCAAAAACUUUUUGCGAAUAUAUUUUAACUGAAGGACACGAUGGAUUAUUUGACGUUUCCGCGCAUCCUCGUUAUGAUUUGAUGGGAAAAAGCGUCGCGAAAUCACGAAACAAAGAAUUAAAAGAGCUUUUUACACAUUCCUUUGGAAUUCAUCAUGCUGGAAUGUUGAGAUCCGAUAGAACGAUGACUGAACGUCUAUUCGAAAUUGGUCUAAUUAAGGUCUUGUUUUGCACUGCUACACUAGCAUGGGGUGUAAAUUUGCCAGCUCAUGCCGUCGUUAUUAAAGGUACACAGGUGUAUGAUGCACAAAAGGGGAACUUUGUUGACCUAUCGAUUCUAGACGUUAUGCAAAUUUUCGGUAGAGCUGGUCGUCCACAGUAUGAAAGUUAUGGGACUGGUUAUAUUCUUACUACUCUUGAUAAGUUACCUCACUAUGUGUCCAUGAUGACGCAGCAGCAUCCUAUAGAAUCCAAGUUUGUUGAGAGCAUAGUGGAUAAUUUAAAUGCUGAAAUCUCGUUAGGCACGGUUUCUACUGUUGCCGAAGGCGUCACGUGGUUGGGAUACAC